AUGAAGAAUUAUAAAAACAGUUGGAAAGAAAGGCAAGAUCGCUUAGAAAAUAUAAUUAAAAAAGAAUACUUUUUUAAACAAAAUGUAAAAAGAGAAUAUGAAGAAAAUAUAACAGGUGGAUUUAUAGCAAAUAAUAGAUAUAAUUUACAGGAAAGUUAUGAAUGUUCAAAAUGUGAAUAUAUUGUAUUAAUAAUAACAGAAUAUAUAAAAAAAGAAUGUAUUCUGGAUAAAUAUGUGUUAGCAUAUAAAAAGUUGUAUGAUAAUAUAGAACAUUAUUUUAACAAAAUUUCGAAGAAAUCAGAUAUUGAUUAUAUAAUUGAUAACUAUUUUUUAAAGAAAAGUAAAAUAUUAAAUCAAAAAGAAAAACAUAAAGAUGAUGCAGGGAGAAAUUAUAUAGAAAUGGAGACAUAUACUAUAUCUAUUAUUCUAAAAAUAAAAAAAUAUAUUUUGAAUACAUUUCCUAUGCUAAAAAAUGUUAUAAAAGACCUAAAAUUUCAUGAUAGCAAUUUUUAUAUUAGCAAUAGAAUUGGAAUAAUAGAAAAUUAUAAAAAAAAAAUUUUCGAUUAUACUUGUGAAAAAAAGAAGGAAGAAAUGAGAUGUUUUAAUAAGGAUACUCAGAUGAAAUAUACAAAUUUUUAUAUGAACCUUAAUGCACCUUAUGAAAACAAUAUGCGAAAUGAAAAUUAUGACAAUGAUUUCACUAGUAAUAAUUACAGUUUCAAUUCUGGUGCUUCUAAUGGAAAUAAUUGCAACAUUAGUAAAUAUGAAAAUAAUUACUAUAAUAAAUAUAAUGAUAAAAUUUCAUUCUUAAAAGUAGAUAAUGCAUAUACAAAUGAGUACUAUAUAAAACCAAAUGAAAAUAUAAAUGAUAAUAAACGUAAAGAAUUUAAUUGUAAUAUAUACAAUAGUGAGGAUAGAAAUAGAGAGGAUAAUAAUAUAGAUUUAAAGAAUCUUAGCGAUUCUAAUAGUCACACUUUAUCUUUGAAAAAAUUUUAUGAAAUAAAAAUAACAACAAAUAAAAAUUUGGUUAGUUUAAAGAGCAUUCUUCUUUUGAUUGAAGUUAUUUUUUUGUUACAUUCAUAUUUUAUUAAAUGCGAGGUAGAAAAUAAGAAAAAUGAAAAAAUUAAUUUAUUUCAACUACAUGAAUAUAGAGAAAACAUAAUUUGCGAUGAAAUCAAUUAUACAUUGUUUUAUAAUAUAAUUUUAGGAAAAUUAAAGAAAAAAAAAAAAGAUGAAAAGGAAACUAAUUUUCACAAGGAAAAAAACAAAAAAAUAAAUCAAAACGAAAAAUAUAACAAUAAUUAUGAUGAACAAAAUAGAAAUAUUUUACAUAGUAAUUUGUACACAUUUAGCAAGGAAAUAUGUUUAAAUAACAAAAAUAACAAUUUUAAUUCGUACAACGAAGAUAGUUAUUCGUCUUAUGAAGAAAAUAAUUAUUCAUGUAACAAUAAAAAUAUAUAUUUAUUAAAUGAAAAAGAUAAUUAUUUAUGUAAUAAUGAAGGUAAUUAUUCAUCCAUUAGAGAAAAUAACGAUGCAUUCAUUAAUAAGAACUACUUAAAUGAAGAUAGUAAUAAUCAUUCACCAGAUGUAAAUUUUUCUGAAGAGGAGGAAAAAAUUAAUAAUUUGAGCGAAAAACAAAUAAAUAAAAUAAAUGAAUAUAUAAAUUACUUAUUUACAAAUAUUAUAGAAGAAUGUGAUAUUUGUGUUAAUAUUGAAUUUUUGUAUACAUUGCAUAUUUUUCAAUUCAAUUUUUUGUUUAACAUUUUUAAAAACCUAUUAUUAAAAACGAAUAUUGAAGAUGAUAUAAUUAUAAUGUUAACUUAUUGUGCAUAUAAUAUUCAAAAUAAAGAAAUAAUUGACUAUUGUUUUUGGAAACUAAUAGGUAUAUUUGAAAAAGAAACAAUACCUAAUAGUUGGAUAAAAUUAGAUAAAAUAAAUAAUCAGUUAAAAAAAUAUAAAGAAAUUAGUUAUAAUAAAAAAGAAACAGAUAAAAAAAAAAAUUAUUCUAAUAGCAUAUUUUAUGAAACAUUAAGUAUUACUGAAGGGGAUGAAAUUAAAAAUAAUUUAAGUGAAAUAGAUAUCAGUUGUGGAAAUAUUUAUUUUAAGAAAAAUUUAAUUGAUAAAAGUAUAUUUAAGAGCUUUAUAGAAAGAACGAAAAAAGAAUUCUUUAAUUAUAAUGAUAUACCUAAAGGCUAUGUUAUUAAUGAAUUACAAAGAUUGCGAAAUUUUAAUGAUCAUUAUUCAUGCUGUUAUAUAUUAAAGAAUAAUAAAAAGCAAAAAAUAUUAAUGGGUUUUAAAAAGAGAGGAGAAAAUAAAGUAUAUAUAUAUAAGUAUGAUAAAAAAAUUAAAAAAAAAUAUAAAACAUUAAAAACAUUUUUUAAUAUAUCAGGUUUUUUAGGUGUAUUAAUAUGUAAUUUUACUGGUAUGGAAAUUAAAAUAUAUGAUAACGGAAUAUCAGAAAAAUUCUCUAAUUUUUUUCCAAAUUUUGAGAGAAAUAAUGUAAUAACAAUAACUUUUGAAUCAAAUAUAAUAAGUGAAUUACCUAGACAUUUUAUAUGUAAUAUAUAUAAAGAAAACAAAAAUAUAAAAUUUAUUUAUGAAAAUAAAUGUCCUAUAUGGAAUGAAGAAAAAGAAAUUUACGAGCUACCUUUUUAUGGUAGGGUUAAAUUAGCUAGUGCAAAAAAUUUACAAUUAAUUUUAAAAAAAUGUGUUAUACGUGAACCGAAAAAAAGAAUAUUUUUAAAUAAAAGUAUAAAUGAUGUUAUUGAAUAUAUGACUAACAAAAAUAAUCAAAAAAAUUAUGAAAAUGAUGAUUCAGAAGAAUAUGAUGAUAGUGUUGUAUAUAAGAAGAAUUACCAAAUACUUCAAAAUAAAGAAGCAAAUAGAAAUGAAAAAAAAAGUGGUAAAAAAUUUUCUUUUGAUAUUAUAAAAAAUACUUUAAAGGAAAAGGAAGAAAAAAUUGAGAUUAUAAAUAAAGACGAAGAAGAAAUAUUUUUAAUAUUUGGAAAAAAUUCUAAAGAUUAUUUUACUUUAGAUUUUCGUCAUCCCUUAUCAACUUUUGAAGCAUUUGCAAUAGCUAUAUCAUCUUUACUAAAAAAAAAAGCAGUAUCUUAA